AUGAUAAAUUUUAAUCAUGAAUCUGGUUUUCCAUCAACACCUCGCUCUAUUCCAAUGCUAUCAUAUCCAGAAAUGAAUCCUAUACAAAUGAUGCAAUCACCAGAUCUAUUGUAUAAUCCAACAUUUACUUCAUAUCCAGAUCGUCGUCCAAUGCAUUUUCGUGGUCGAUGUCGUUCUCGUCCUAUUAUUCAUAUAAUUGAAUCAGAUUCAUGUUCAUCAAUAAGUUCAUAUUCACCACGUCGUCAUCGAUCAUAUUCUCAUCCAAGACAACGACGAGUUAUUCAACAACAAAAACAACAACCAAUUAUAUUUUUACCUGUAAAAUGUCAACAAUCACCAACUACUAUAAGUUCGCUUCAAAGACAAUCACAACAAAAUAUUUUAUCUACAAUACAAGUUCAACAACAACAACAGCAACCACGUUAUGUUUUAUCAUCGGUUUUAAAUACAAAUUCUACAGCAGAUAUAAUUAAUAAUAAUCGAUCGACGUUUCAACCAUCUACUUCAACAUCAUUUGAACAACUACAACAAAGUCAAACUGGACCAAUACAAUAUGUUCAAACAGCACCAGAAUUACAAUUUAUAUCAGUAGAACCACGUUCAUCAACAGCUCCCCAACAUGUUUUUGUUAAUAAUACAAAUAAGAAACAGUNAUUGAAAAUUCUACAGCAGUGA